AUGAUGGGGUAUUCGGGUUUGCCUCUGGCCCCAGAUGCUGCUGCUGCUGCUGCAGCAAGGAGAGGGUCUGCUGCUGCUCCUUUUGUCCCCCCUUCUGCUGCUGCCGCAGGAUUUGGAGCAGCAGCAGCAGCACCAGCAGAAGCAGCAGCAGACCCAUUGGUGGCGAUGCUGCGGCCGCUGCAGCGCUGCAUGAAGGAGAUGGCUGAGUCUUGUGCCUGUUGCCAUGGUAACCCGCAGCAGCAACAGCUGCAGCAGCAGCAACAGCAGCAGCAGCACUUGCAUCAAUGGCAACAGCAUCUACGCCAGCAGCAGCUACGUCAGCAGCAGCAGCAGCAACAGGAGGCAUAUGGCUGCUGCUGCCGCAGCCCGCAGCAGCAGCAAAUGAGGCAGCAGAUGCAGAGUACUCUUUCCUUAUUAAAGUUGCUGCUGCAGGUAGAUGCACUUGGCUAUAAACUGCAGCAGCAUAUACAUAAGAUACUCCCCUCAGCAGCAGCAGCAACUGCAGCAACUGCAGCAGCAGCAGCAGCAGCAGCAGGAACUGCAGCGGACUUCACGCAGCAGCAGGACGAUCUGAGCUCUAGUGGUCUGCUCUCAGAAGGCCAAGGAUUUCUUUAUCUUUUUGCUCGUUAUAGAUCGUUGCGGUGUCUCUUAGCUGUUCGUGUAUGGCUGCAGCAUUAA